AUGACGUCGAUAUCCGAAGUCAAACAGGAGGAGCGCUCUGGUCCUCUGCAGCUGCACCUGGCCGCCCCAGGUUCCAUCGAGUGGAGCCCCACCUUCAAAAUCUCGACACCACAACUCCCUAUCCAGCCUCUCUUCCCGUCUUAUGAUGAGGUCCCUGUCGCCAAAGCCAACCGAGGACCAUACCGACACGAUCGGUCUUCCCCCUUGCUGUCCAUGCCUCCUUCCCCUCCGCUUUCCUUGCAUUUCCCAUCCGAUCCCAGUGCCUCUCGGUUUGCGUCCUCCAACCUUCUUCCUCAGCCCGACGACUCGCCUUCUCGCCACCGCAUUCCUCGCCCUCCCAAUGCUUUCAUGCUCUUCCGCUCCGACUUCCUCAAGCGUGGCGUCAUCCCCAACAACGUCGAGCGGCGCCAGCAGAAUCUGAGCCGCAUCGCAGGGCAGGUGUGGAACAUGCUCGAUCCCGAGGAGAAGGCGCAUUGGCACGAGCAGGCCGCACAAGUGCUAAACGAGCACCAGCUAAAGAACCCUAACUACAAGUUCACGCCGGCGCCGCGCGGCUCGCGCCAGUCUAAGAGCAAGGCGCGCGAGGAGAAUCCGGCGAUGGGCGACGAUGAUAUCAGGAGGAUCCGCGAGAGAUACGCACGCGUCAUUGGUCCGUCGCCGACGUCGAACAGGAAGCGCAGGCACCACAAGAAGGCGCGCAGUGUCGAGGUGGGCGACCGGUUCCCUACCCAGGCCUUCCCGCCAAGCACCAACCCCGCGGUUCAUACGUUCUGCUCACCUCCGCUUCCGUUGGGCUAUAUGCCUGUUUGGGUCCAGCAUCAUCAGCUCUUCCAGGGCGGGUCUUCCUUCCCCGUGCCUACGGUACCUCGACGCCCUUCCACGUCUCUUGGCUUCGCGGAAUCGAAGAACGAUGCCAUGUCCGCUGGCGGACCACACGACGGUUAUUCCGCCCCUGCUUCCCCUAACACUGGACCAGGUUUCCACAAGUUUAUAAAUAAUAAUUACCACCACACGACUCUGGGACAAUCUUCUGCCCCUGUUGCUCAUCCAUCUCCCGUAGAAGUUAACGACGCCCUGGUUUAUCCUCCAUGGAACGCAUUCAACUCGUCCCUCGUCGCCCCUCAGUUGUCCAUCCCUGGCAGCCCAAUCCACCCACAACUUGCCGGUCCUUCCGCCUCUACCUCCGCCUCCGCCCCAGCCACAUGCCCGUCGUCCACCCCUCAGAGCCCCUUCAUUCCCUCGCCCAUCGAAGAAACCGACGCCCUCCCUACAUGCUUCCUCGAGCAAACGCAUGCCGCCGAAAACCACAACCCCUUCGAGGCUCUCGGGAUUAACGACGACAUGCUUUCAUUCUUGAAGGCUCCUUACGAUGAUGGCCCUUCUUUUCUGUCCGACGAUGCGAAGGAGCAGUUCUGGUGUCCUGGCACCGACAGCCUCGAACAAUGGGACUUCCAAGGCGACCUCGACGACACCCUCACUGGCUUGUUUGCCAUGGGGGACUACAAAGACACGUCGGCUUGA